AUGGGGACUGUACCUGACCCUCUGAGAUCAGCCAAAACAUCCCUGAUUGCAGCUUCCGGAGAAGAAGAGGACCGGGGAGAGGUGCAGGCUGCCUCGCCCCAGCCUCAACCAGAAGUCCUGCGUGAGAACACCAAUGGCCUUUCCAGCACUCCUGCAGAGCCAGACCGCAGCCCCAGGACAGCUGCCAAGGCCCUGAUGCAGGCCGGUGAGCAUGUGCCCACGCAGCCAGCCAUGUCCUCUCCUGACAUUGUUGGUGAGGUGGGGAAGGCAUCUCCCACACUCAACUCUCCUGGCAAUACUCAGCUGUCAGCGGGCAGAGAGCCCACAGCACCAGCCCUGUGUUCUGCAGCAGGCAAGGAUCUGGUAUGUGCAACGUUUACAAUGCCAGCCAAUCAGCACAUCCACCCGGUUGUCCCAGGCAACCAGCCCAACGCCAGCCCCCCAUCAGGACCUGAAGAUACCCUGGUGAAAUCACAGAGAACUGCAGAUGGAGGGCAACCUGAGAAGUCAAGCUGUCCGGUGGGGGUCAUCUGUGGCAAAGAUCAAGUGCCCUGUGAUUUUCCUUCUCAAGAAACAAUGCAGGGAAUGGUGCAAACUGAAGAUGCAGCAGCCAGGGCGUUCAGUCCUACUUCCGCUACUGCAGGUGGACCCGGAGCAGAAAGGCAGCAAGCUGUCUGCACUUCCCAGACCAGGUCCUGUGGCUCUCCAACAGGAGAAGAUGGAUGUUCGGGGAACAAACCGCCCUCUGCCGCCACCUCAGACACCCAGGCCACGACUUCGGUGAUUCCUCAACCAUCCCACCUCCCUAGCAACGGAUCGAUGUUUCCUCCAGAUCCAGAGAAGGUGCCGCUGGCAGCACAGCCUCAAAUGUCAAGGUUUAAAGAAGCAAGUACGAUGACCAGCCAAGCUGAAAAUGAGAUCAAGGAAACCCCACCCAGGGCUCAUCAAGAUGCCGAGGUGCAGGCAGUGGCGAGUGUCGAGAGCAGAUCGGCAUCCACCAGCCCCAGCAUCCUCACUGCAUUCUUAAAGGAAACCCCUGCUCCAGAGCUGUUGGAACAAGAGCAGCUGCGUGUCAUCUGCCAGGGCAGCGCGAGCCGCACGCUGGAGCUGUCUGAGAACAUCCUCGCCCCCGGGGAGGCGGGUCAGUGCCGUGACCUCAUGCCAGCGGUGCACAUCCAGACAGCUGCGGCUGUUUCUGCAGCUUUCCAAGGAGAGAGUAAAUCAGGGAGCCUACCAGUGCAGGUCCUUAAAACCUCAGCCGUCAAUGCUCAGGCGAUGUGUAAAGAAGACGGGAAAUCAGCGGGAAUGAUCCUAGCGGGGCCAGAGCUUACCUUCAGACAGCUUUCGGGUACUAGUUCUACCUCCCUGAAAGCUAGCCCCAGUGACCAGUCUUCUCUUAGCGCAGGACGUCAAGUUGAAACAGGUCACGGAUUAGGGAAGUGUGAAACGAAGCCAUCUGAGUUGGCAGUGGCAACCACCGGUGGCCACGAACCAGACCCCGACUGCAAACUCUCCGACUCCAGUGGCCCUGUCAGCAGAGCCGACCAGUCCAGGAGCUUGGAUCUCACGAAUCAAGGGGAUGCAAGAGAGAAGAGGCUUGCGUCUCCUCAGAUAAUGAAAGAACAAGAAUCUCCUGGCAUCGAUAUCCUGGAGGUGAGGGCAAGAGCAGAGGCCAAAAGCCUACUGCUCAAUCCUAAAUCUCCAGAAAGUGGAGGCGUGGCAUCAGGUGCCAGCCCUACACCCUCCCCAGUUAGAAGGAGCCAGGAGGGCACCGGGGAAGAAACCAGACAGACCAAGACGGCCGCCAGCCUAAGCCUGCCGUCAGACGCCAUCGGGGACUCUAGCCCUGGCUCUGGCAAAAGGACCCCUUCUCGCUCCGUCAAAGCCAGCCCCCGCCGGGCCAGCCGGGUCAGCGAGUUCCUCAAGGAGCAAAAGUUAAACGUGACGGCUGCUGCCGCCCAGGUGGGACUCACGCCAGGGGAGAAGAAGAAGCAGCUGAGUGCCGACUCCAAGCUCCAGCUGAAACAGUCCAAGCGUGUCCGGGACGUGGUGUGGGACGAGCAGGGCAUGACCUGGGAGGUGUACGGCGCUUCCCUGGACCCGGAGUCCCUGGGCAUUGCCAUACAGAACCAUUUGCAAAGACAAAUCAGGGAACACGAGAAAUUAAUCAAAGCUCAGAGCCGGAGGUCCAUCUCCUCAGAUACUUCUUCUAAUAAAAAGCUCAAAGGCAGGCAGCACAGCGUUUUCCAGUCCAUGCUGCAGAACUUGCGACGCCCCAACUGCUGCAUUCGUCCUGCUCCUUCUUCUGUGUUAGAUUGA